UUAAAAAGAAUGAAGUUACUUUGUUUCAAUUUCUUCUUGAAAUCUGGAUCACUUCUUCUUUUAUGAUCAAAAUAAAAGCAGUAGCCAAUGAAGCCAAGGCCGCACACGCCAGCAACUACUCCCAUCGGUUUCAUCAUCGUCAUUUCUGCAGAGUUCGUGGAUCAUGAGAAGGCGAAAAACCUCGUUUCUCGUAUUCAAUGCAAUGCCGAAAAGAGGCUGUUAUUAAAAACAUGGCGGCCCCCAUGUAGUCAAAACACUGACUAUCAACCUUUAGAUUUUUUCACAAUUAACGAGUCGGUGGAUAGUUAUAAAGAACUAUUGCUCACAAGAAGAAAAUUAGAAGUCAGAUCUUUCAUUGGAAUUGAAGAGAUGAAUGAAAAGAUGCAAUCGAUAAGUCAAGUUGUGGAAGGAUGCAGGCUUCCAGUCAAUAUGUCAAGUUCUGAUGACUGGCCCCUGGCAGAAAUUGUUAGCAAAAGAGAAAGAGCUGGUAGAGCAGAGUUCUAUGUGCAUUACAUUGACUACAACAAACGACUGGAUGAAUGGGUAACUGUGAACCGACUUGAUCUUUCCCGUGUACAGCCACCGAAAGCAGACGAAAAAAGAAAGUCCCAAGUUUCCACAUCAGCCCCUUCUCCUGCGCAGCCUUUGCCUAAACAGCCAAGUCCUGGGAAAGCCAAGUCCCCGGAGAGAGAACCAGUUACUGUGAAUGGCAUACAGCCAAAGAAAGGAGCUGUCGCAGGAAGAAAGCGCAAGGCAAACGCGCUUCUUGAUGAGCCCGAAUCUGUGGACAGCCCCUCUUCGACAUCGGGGGAGGUAUGCAAAUCAAGCAGCUUACGAUCUGGUGGGAGCAUGGUGGAAAAAUCUCAAGAUGAUAUAGUAACAAGGGUGAAAAAUAUCCAGCUAAUUGAAAUCGGAAUCCAUAGAAUCAAGCCAUGGUAUUUCUCUCCAUAUCCCAUUGAAUUGACACAGUUGCCGUGUGUUUUCAUUUGCGAAUUUUGCCUGAAGUAUGUCAAGAGCUUUUGCUGCCUGAGUCGGCACAGGGAAAAAUGCAACCUCUAUCAUCCGCCUGGAAAUGAAAUUUAUAGGAAAGAUAACAUUUCCUUUUUUGAAAUUGAUGGAAGAAAAAACAAGGUUUAUUCGCAAAAUCUUUGUUUGUUGGCAAAAUUAUUCCUUGAUCACAAAACCUUGUAUUACGACACAGACCCAUUUCUAUUUUACGUAAUGACUGUUUUCGAUAGACAUGGAUUCCAUAUUGUCGGUUUUUUCUCAAAGGAAAAAGAAUCUACCGAAGAUUAUAAUGUCGCAUGUAUAUUGACGUUACCCCCUUACCAACGGAAAGGUUAUGGGAAGCUGCUUAUUGAGUUCAGCUAUGAGCUGUCUAAGUUUGAAGGAAAGACUGGACAUCCAGAGAAACCCCUUUCUGAUCUGGGGUUGUUAUCGUACCGAAGCUACUGGUCUCAAACGAUCAUUGAAAUUUUACUGCAGCUUAAGUCUGAAGACGGAAACACGCCAAACAUUACCAUCACAGAAAUCUGUGAAAUGACGAGCAUCAGAAAAGAUGAUGUGAUUUCAACCCUGCAGCAUUUAAACUUGCUUCAGUACUAUAAAGGACAAUACAUAAUCUGCAUUUCUAAAGAGGUGCUUGACGCCCAGGUUACUGCCAUGAAAAAGCGGAGAAUCCGUAUCGACCCUAAAUGUCUUCACUGGCAACCGAAGGACUGGAGUAAACGUGGAAAAUGGUAGCAGUACACGGAAGGGAGCCUCUUGAAAUGGCCAUUAUCCUUUGGGUCUACAUAUUUCUGCUAUGGGUACCCCUUACUUGAAACACAGACAGAGAAACCUGUGCAUGGAACUUUUCAUAGCGUUAUUUAACAAAAGGGCUAUUGAGCGUAGACUCACAGAGGCUGAAAAUAAACGGGAGUUGGAGGGUAACCCUGUCCCAAGCGAUAAAUGUAUAGUUCACUUGAAGAGCUUAAUGGUAAGAGUUAACUGGACACUGGAAACAGUCAAUUAACCAAAUGUGAAGACAUCUGCUCUUCUAUAGGGCACCUUUGUACCUGUUUAUUGCUCCCAAUCUUUAACAUAGGCUUAAAUACAGUUUAUUAUAACGAGGAUGUAAGUGAAGUAUAUUUACAUAAGGCAUUUGUGAAGGAAAACUGGCAAUGCUUUUUUGUGUCAUCUCAGUGUACCAUUGCCUCUGGUCAUGUGAUUGAUAGCCAACCUCGUUUGGGUGAAUGCUUUUCUGAGUGCUUUUGAAGAAGAAGCGGAUCUAGAAGUUGCAAAGGAUGGGGGGGGGGGCUAUAUUUACAUAUCCAAAGACCUAAUUACCUAGUCAAAGAGACCCCUCAUCCAUCAACUGACAGCUCUCACAGGAUUUGCUAGGGUGAGAUUGUUGGCACUUCACCUGACAGUCAAUUAUUGAGAGAUUUAUAAAAGCAAUACCCCUCGAGGCAGUUUGAGCGGCUGUUUUAUAGGUGUGUUCACCCGAAAAUGGUAUCAAUCAAAGAAAGUAAAAAACAAGAUUCUUGCUGGUGACGCUAGCCAAUUUUACUUUCCAGUGUUUUAAGAUUAAGAUUAAGGCUUUUGGUUUGAUCCUAUUAAAAGCUGUGUUGAUCCUGAAUGAAAACUUAAAUCCCUCUCCGGUGCUCUUUUUUAUAAGUAAAAAUGAUUAGUUUUUAUAUUGCUAUGAUCUAUUUAAGAAUGUUAUGUUUCAAAUUGGCCUCCUUGCGACAUGAUCGGAACAAACUACAUAUGUAAUCAAGAUAAGAGCCUGUUUUAAUCUAACAGCAGAAUAUUACGUCAAAAAUCAUUCAUGUUUUUCUUUGUGGCCUCUCGCUCAUUAAAUUGUUUCCAAUGGCUACAGAGAUCUUAAUCUAUAACAGCACCGAAUAGCUUUAGGCACUUUUUAUGACGUUUAGAAACCUUUAGAUAGAACAUUCCGAGGAAUAUUGAAGAUGUCGUUACGCAAGGGAUAUUUGUUCAUUUGGAAAAAAUCGGUAACAAAAAAGUUUCUAUAAGUCGUGGCACUUGAUUAUGAAUGAGCCUUUCGAGCUGCAAUAAAUGCGGAAAAUUUUGCAGGCAAUUCAAUCUUUCACUUAGGUUGGAAUUAAACAGCCCCCCCCCCCCAUGUUAAUUUUUUCGUGAUAUUUGAAGACCCAAUUCUUUAUUCUAUUCUGACGACCUAUUUCAAGACACUUAUUCUAACGUUUUAUGCUCUAAAAAGUAUCAGGCGAGAAAGCUUGGAACCAAUAUAUUUUAAAAUGCUUGCUUUUUUCAAAGCCAUUUUCAAGCUCUUUACCGCCAAAAAAGUGUUCACAUAUUCAGACUUUUAUGACUGCGUGCGCUUGAGAUUAGAGAGAAUCAUUUUUACCAUGAGCUUUUGUUUUUUCCAAAAAUCAACUAAGAGCAGGAGAAAGCCAACCAUCAAUUUGCUUCAGCCACGCCCAUCAGACUCUUGGAAAAUCCCUUUUUCAAUAUUUCUUAUCUAUUUUGAAAUUUUUGGACAAGCAUAUCCCCCCCCUCCCAAGGUUUUUCAACGGAUUUCAAGAAAUUAGAAAAUCGACUUCUGGGAAAACUGGGGUUAGGGAGGGGGUCAUUAACAUGGCCUAUUGCUACUGUUUAUUAACUGAUAAUUUACGGGAAGAGUUUUUUAAAAAUUUUCAAAUUUUUUAUUACGUAAUUUGUGCGUAUUCCCUAUGUUUUCUCUCUUGAAUGAUAGUCCUUUUUUCUCAUAACAAUUUUGGUUUUUGUAUAUGAAACUAUGAAACAAUGCUAAAACCAGCAGUCUUUUACUAAAAAGAAUUUUUACGAACUGGAGUAAAAAAUUCAACUAGUGACUAACGGGGCCCUUUAUCGCCUGACUAAUGACUAGCAGU